GGGUGCUAGCGGGGGACCUUGCCUGGGUACCUCUUGCUAGUUCUUCUCGGGUCCCUCUACGACCUUGGCUGGACGAUAAGAACGAGGACAAGGCAGCGGAGGAUAGGCCCCCUUCAGGGGAGAAAGUGAAGAAGCUCUUGGCCAGUGGAGAGGAGGGGGCCGCUAGGGAGCUCAAGUUGCAGGUGCUCUGGACGCGCCAUCUGGCCAACGAGCUGGACGCUAUAGGGGCCCCGGUCGUCAAGUCGAUAGGGGAAUGCUUGGAUCCCGAUAGAGCCUACGAGAUGCUUCCUGGGAAGACACGCUCCUCCACCUUGAAGCGCUAUGGCGGCUAUGGUGGUCCCCUCCAGGUCAUCCGGCCAGGGGAGCUCAAGCUAGUGGAGGGCCGCUUGGUCACCGCGCUACGUCAGACGAAGACUUCAGGGCCAAAUAGGCGCGUCAAGGAGAUGCCGCUAUGUGUGAGCGAGGCCGCCUUCUUCGAGAGCCCGUCGUGGCUCCGGAUAGGCGUCGAGCUGCUACAGUGGCUGGUCACUUUCAGCCGAGACUACUUGCUGCCCAGGCUAAAGCCCGACCUUGCGGUUUUCGAGAAGAAGAUGGCGGAGUACGCCGUGCCUGCAAUAGUGCAGGGUUUUUGGACGGCGCACUCCGAGAGGUCGGUGCUACCCACUGGGCUCAGCGUCCUGGGCGUGAAUGGGCCCGAGAAGGACCUAUUGGGCAGAUGGAAGCCUGAAGGGAAAACCCACACCUCGAACGAGCGUGAGGUGGCAAGUUUUUUGCAGGACUGGCUAAAGGAUCGCCACGCGCUGCCGGAGGAGACGGCCACCGAGAUUGCCGAGAAGCUGGCAGAGAAGUGGCGGACGGGGGCCGUCCAAGUGGAGCAAGCCCCGCCGAUAGUUUUGGAGCCGGUCCCCGAGACGGAGCCCGAGGAGCAGAAGACAGGAGCCCCCGCCGCUAAGCUGCCCCGA